GGGCCUUCAUUACACCCUCAAACCACCACGAUAUCACAGCCCACGCCCUCUGUUCAGCGUCCGGUUUGUCGCAUCAGUUUAUUGGCCGGGAAUGGUCAUGACUCCACAAGAACCCCUGGGUUCGGACGUCCCCGAAACACAACAACUCCUGUUCGGCGCAAACCAGUCUGUAUCCCACGAGGAGCGCCGGGUGUUUGUGGAAAAUGAUCAAGACAAAAAGCGCCAUUUGGGGCUUCUCUCCACGGCUCUUCUCCUGACCAAUCGCAUGAUCGGCGCGGCCAUCUUCUCCGUUCCUUCCGCCAUCAUCCAAAGCGUCGGCAGCGUCGGCGCCAGUCUUUCACUGUGGCUUGUUGGACUUGGACUAGCGCUAUGCGGGCUAUUCGUAUGGAUCGAGCUGGGCUGCUUGAUGCCUCGUAGUGGUGGAGAGAAGCUAUACCUUGAGGUCGCGUAUCCGCGUCCGCCUCGUCUGAUCACGACCUUGUAUGGGUUCUUUAUCAUCUUCGCGCUGUGCGGACUCGGCAGUGUCGUUGUCUCUGAAAACCUUCUCGUCGCGGUUGACAUUUCGGCGAGUGAUUUCACUAAGCGCGUCCUUUCGGUCGCUGUCCUCGCUUCUAUCAUCGGCCUCCACCUUACCAGGCGCGACUGGAGCGUUCGCUUCAUGGACUACCUGGGACUGCUGAAGGUCUUCAUAUUAGUGCUCGUCAUCCUAACGGGUCUCAUCGCGCUCUGCGGCUUCAUACCCAGCGUGCCCGACCCAACCGCUAGCUUCCACCGCCCGUUCGCAGGCUCGUCCACGGAUCUCUACUCCUACGCUACCGCCCUACUCAAGGUUUUCACGACCUACCAAGGCUGGAACAAUGCCGCGUAUGUCCUCGACGAAGUGAAGGACCCGCGCCGGACAAUGCCCCUGGCCGGCAUCCUGGGCGUGGGGCUAGUGGGCAUCCUAUACUUCCUAACGAAUAUUUCGUACUUCAUCGUCGCAUCGCCGGAAGAGAUCAGCAACUCCGGAGUCAAAGUCGUUGCCGUCCUGCUGGGUAAAGUGUUUGGCAGCGGUGCGGGACGUAUCGCUGCUGCUCUUGCGGCGCUGUCUACGUAUGGUACGCUCAUGACAUCUUCGUUUACGAUGGCGCGCGUGGCGCGCAAUCUGGCUGUUGAGAAUGUCAUCCCCGCUGCGAGGUUCUUUGCUCGGGAAACGAUACAUGGGACGCCUGCUGCGAAUGCGUACAUUCUUGUGUUCAUGGCUGCGUCUGUGGCUAUUACUGUUGUGCCUUUUGGUGACGCCUAUGUCUUCCUAACCGAUAUCAACCAAUACGAAUGGGCAAUGGUCAAUUCCAUGGUUGUGCUGGGCCUAUUUCGCAUUCGGCAAACCGUCUCCUAUGGCCCUAAUCAGUUCCGCGUGUGGACGAUCGUCCCGCUUAUUUUUCUCGCCGUCCAGGCGUAUAUUUGCGUGUCGCCGUUUCUGUAUCAGGCUCAUGCGGGACGUGAUACGUCUUUGCCGUAUUGGCUGCCGGAACUUACUGCCGUUGGGGCGUUUGCGCUGGGGGGGCUUUAUUGGAGGUAUAGACGACAUCACUAGUUUUCUUUUCCCGCUCUCUUUGAGAUGGGGUUCUGAUAGAUUGUCGAUUUGAUUGGUGAUAUAACGCUGCCAUAAGGUGUAUUGCAAGUUGGAUAGAUAGAGUAUAAC